AGACCUGGAAAACCGGGUCCCCCUGGACCGGACGGCCCACGAGGUACACCCGGACCCAUGGGAGAAAAGGGAGACAGAGGGCUUGACGGCAUGGCUGGAAUGAUGGGCCACAAAGGACCACGGGGUUUGCCAGGUGCUCGCGGCGAGAAAGGAGACAAAGGCGAAGCUGGGGAAAGAGGAGAGCAAGGUAUACCUGGACAGAGUGGAGUUCCUGGUGAACGGGGUCCCCAAGGUGAACCUGGAGCAAGAGGUCCUCCUGGCCCAAGGGGAUUGCAGGGAAAUACUGGUGAAAGAGGACCACCGGGACCAACAGGCUCCCCGGGUCCUCCGGGUGCACCAGGUAUACAAGGUGUACAAGGCAUGAGAGGAACACCGGGACCUCCUGGCAUCCCAGGCCCUCCUGGCCCUGUUGGACCCAAGGUAUACCAUAUCAUGAACAUCUUUGACCUCUUUUUACUGAUUUGUCCUUACUAUAGCAUAGUUUGUUUUGUCACUACAAAAACUGUUUUCUUGCAGUUAUUUUCUGUUAAAGAAAUAUAACUUUGU